CCGGCGGUCCCUCAUUUUCGAAAUGCGACGGCUGCAUCCUGCCUUGCUACUACUGCUGCUCGCCGGCGUCGCCGCCAUCGACGUCCCGUGCAAUAGCACCGGCGCCUGCCCACUAGGCUCGAGCUGCGUCGCAGGCGAGUCGGACGUCGCCGUACAGUCGUGCGUCGUCGACUCGGUCUGUGGCGGCAACUUGGCCGGCAACUGCCCGCGCCUGCCACACACCGGCCCGCUCGUGUGCGCCUGGAGCCGCCAGCCGCCGGAUGCUUGCGCCUUUGGCAACUGCCAGACGUAUGGCGAGCACGCCGGCAUCUUCAAGUGCAUGGACAUGACGCGCUGCGACCAACUCGUCGGGUCGGGUGCUUGCUCGACGGGCUGCGCUGUGCACGGCAAGCCAUGCAAUGGCCGCGGUACGUGCCACUCGACGGGCGCAACCAACUUUGCCUGCACCUGCGAUCACGGAUGGAGCGGCGCGCGCUGCGAUGUCGCCGGGUCGGACGCAUGUCUCCUCGGGCAGUGCGGCGACCACGGCAGGUGCACCAACGGCCAUUGCAUCUGCAUCGAUGGAUACGCUGGCGUGCAAUGCGAACAAGCGCCUACCACGAGCGCGACUCCAACGACGGACCGUCCGACGCCGUCGACCACGGCAACGACCGUACCGACGACGCCAUCGACCACGGCAACAUCCGCACCGACAACAGCACGGACGAGCUCCGCGCCGGUACCGUCGACAUCGGGCGUCGAUCGGCCAACGACCAUGCCACCGACAUCGACUACCCCGACGCAACCUACCAACCCGAGCGACAUGCAGACGACGGCGCCCGCUCCGACGAAGAACGGGUCGGCGACCAAAUGGGACGCCCGCGAUUAUAACCGCGUCGACAAGACGCAGCCGAUGCCGGUCGCCGUCAUGAUCGUCGCCAUCGUGGCCGCCCUCGUCGUCAUUGGGAUGAUCAUCUUUGGCGUGUACGCUCGGAAGAAGAAGCUGCGCGCCGCCAACGCCGAGAUCGAACGCUCGACACUGCAGACGCAAGACUCGGUCAUGACUGAAGGCGGCACCACGCCCCGAGACCAGAUCCAAGUGCUCUAGUUUAAAUAUCGUAACCUCAUACACAAUAUUGUCUUGUACUGGUGCGACAUCUCGA